AAAUUGUUCUCCACAAUGGUUCUCCAUUCUACCAAGAAUGCAUUAGUGUUCCAGUUUUCUCACAUCUCUACCCCUCCCCUCAACAUCGAACAUUUUUCUUUUUUGUCAUAUUAGUUAAUCUGAUACAGAUAUGAAGUAUGUCAGAAUUGUUUUAAUUUGCACUUCUAGUCAAUAGUGAUUCAGAGCAUUUUUUCUAUGACUAUACUUUAUUUGUCUGAACUGCUUGUUCAGAUACUUUGAAUAAUUCAAAUAUAUGUGAGAGAUAAGGGAAUUGAGCUAUAAUUUUCUUUCUUAGUUUUGGCUCCUCCUGGUUUGGUAUAGGCACCAUAUUUGUGUUGUAAAAGGAAUUUGGUAGGAGUCCUUCACUUAAAUUUCCAAAAAGUUUCUAUAAGUUCUUCUUUUGGUAGAAUUCACUUGUGAAUUCAUAUGUUCCUAGGGAUUUUUGUGUAGAUAGUCAUCAAUUUUAUUUAGAUGGUCAAAUUAAUUGGUAUGUAAUUGGGCAAAAUAGCUCCUAACAAUUGUCUCAAUUUCCUCUUCUUUGAUGGUGAAUUUACCCCUUUGAUUCUUGAUACUAGUAAUUUGGUUUUCUUCUUUCCUUUUUUAAAAUCAAAUUAACCAAUGGGUAAUCUAUUUUUUCCCAUAAAAGUAGCUUCUAAUUUUACUUAUUAGUUCAAUGGCUAUCUUUCAAUUUUAUUAAUCUAUCUUUUGUUUUUGUUUUUUUUUUUUCAGAAUUUGGUGUUUAAUUGGGGAUUUUAAAUUUUUUCUUCUAGUUUUUUUUAGUUUCUAGUUGCAUGCCUAAUUCAUUUUAUCUAUUUUACUUAUUACUUAUUGAUGUAAGUAAUUAAAGAUGUAAAUUUUGCAUUCGGUACUAUUUUGGCUGCAUCCUAUAAAUUUUGGUUGUUAUCAUUGUUGGUAUCUAAUUGUCAUAUUUUAAACUGAAAUUAAUGUUUUUAUGAUUGUCCUUUAGCCCGCUUAUUUUUGUGACUAGCUUAUAUUUCCAAUUAGUUUUUAAUCUCUUUCUAUAAAAGAAAUAUUUCUUUGAAUAGAAAGUUUUCUCCAGAGACCUAUCAUAUCUAAUUUUCCCAGAUUUUUAUUCUUGCUUAUUUAUUUAAAAUUUUGGUUAGAUUUCUCUAAUUCUGAUAGGAGAAAGUUGAGGUCCCCCAUUGGUAUAGUUUUAUAUUAUCUAUUUUUGUAACUCAUUCAACUUCUUCAAAAAUUUAGAUCCUAUGCCGUUUGGUGCAUAUGGAUAGUACUGAUAUGACUUCAUUGUCUAUUGCACCUUUCAGCUAAUUAUAUCUAUUUUUGAUUUUGCUUUGUUUGAAAUCACAAUUACAACUCUUGCAUCUUUAUCUCUGGUUCAGAUGUUUUUCUUAUAAAUAACAUAUUGUCAAAUUCUGGUUUUUAAAUCUAUUUUGCUAUACACUUCCCUUUUAUGGAUGAGUUCAUCCUAUUCAUAUUUAUAAGUAACUGCAUAUUCCCCUUCAUUCUAUAUCUCCUUGUUUAUCUCUGCUUCCCUUUAACUCCUACCUUUUCCCUCCACACAAGUGUUUUACUUCUGAUCACUGCCUUCCCCAAUGUACCCUCCCCAUCAGUCUCCCCUUCUCCUUCUAUUAUCCCUGUUUCUUUUUACUUCCUCGUAAAGUGAGAUAUACUUUUGUAUCCAGCUUAGUGUUUAUGUUUUUUCCUCUUUGAGUCAAUUUUGAUGAGAAUAAGAUUUCAAUUUUGCCCGAAAUCUCGCUUUCUCCUCUCCCCCUCCAUUAUAAUAGUUCUUUUAAGCCUUUUAUAUUUGGGAUAAUUUAUUCUAUUCAGUCUCUCUUCUUCUUCUAGUGCAAUUUUAUUUCUUAUCCCUUCAAUUUUUUUGAGGGGAGAGGUAUUUUAUCCAAGUCACCUUAUAUGCAUAUCUUCUGUCUAUAUUCCUUUUAAUUGCUCUUAUAGUAAUAAAACUAAGAAUUACAAAAAUAUUGCUAUACAGAAAUACAGUUUAACCUUAUUGAAUUUUUUAUGUUUUUUUUUUUUUGUUGUUGUUUAUUUUUCUUUUGUUUUGUUUGUUUCCCUUGUCUUAUAUUUGGAUGUCAUUUUUUAUUUAGCUCUGGUCUUUUAAUCUGGAAUGUUUGAAAAUCCUUUAUUUCAUUAAAUGUCCAUCCCUCCCCCUCCCCCCCCCCGAAAGAUUAUAUUUUGCUGAGUGAGUGAUUAUUGGUUGUAAUCCUAACUCCUUUGUCUUCUGAUACAAUAUGAAAUAUUGUAUUUCAAGCUUUUGCAAUUGUGGAAGCUGCCAUAUCCUGUGAAUCUUGAUUGUGGUUCCACAAUAUUUGAAUUGUUUCUUUUUAACCUCUUGCAAUACUACUUUUUUUUUUUUUUUUUUUUUUUUGAUCUGUACGCUCUGGAAUUUGACUAUGAUGUUCCUGGGAGUUUUCAUUUUGGGAUCUUUUUCAAGCAGGUAUCCAUGGAUUCUUUCAGUUUCUAUUUUGUCCUCUGUUUUUUUUUUUUUUUUUUUUUUUGUUUUGUUUUUGUAUAUCAGGGCAGUUUUCUUGGAUAAAUUCUUGAAAGAUGUUGUUGAGGCUUCUUUUUUCUUUUUAAAAUCAUGUCUUUCAAAUGUUCCAGUAAUUCUUAUGUUCUCUCUCCUGGAUCUAUUUUCUAGAUUUGUUGUUUUUCCAGUAAGAAAGUUCACAUUUUUCUUACUUUUUAAAUUUUGUUUUAUCAUAUCUUGAUAUUUCAUAGUCAUUAGCUUCCACCUGCCCAAUUCUAAUUUUUAAGAAAUGGCUUUUUGUGCUUCCUUUUCUAUUUGGCCAAUUCUGCAUUUUAGGGAGUUAUUUUCCUUAGUAAAUUUUUAUAAAUCUUUGCCCAUGCUGGUGGCUUAUCAUGAUUCUCUUGUCACGUUUUUCUCAAUUUUUCUUCUACUUCUAAAAUUGGCUUUUUGAAAUCCUUUUAAAGCUCUUCCAGGAGCCAGAAACCAAAUUAAUUUUUCUUUGAGGCUUCCUAUGUAGCCAUUUUGACAUUAUCAUCAUCUUCUAAGUUUGUUUUGAUCUUUCCAGUCAUUCUAACUUUUUUGAGGCCUAGAGUUUAUUUGCUCAUUUUUGUGCUUUUUUUUGUUAUAUAUUUUAUAUGAGAGUUGAACUCUGGUCCUGCAUUGUCCGAAGUUUUUUUGUGCUGGGCCUCAGGGACUUAUUGCUGGCUUUCCCUGGGCUUCAAGACUUAGCUGUUGCUUUCACUAGAGGCUUCCCUUCUGGCUUGUACUAAGGAAUGGGGCCUCCCUUUUGGCCCCCCCUCCCCCAGAAUUGCUGGUCUGCCCCAGGGGUGGGGCCCUGCUGUUUGGUUGCUGUGGAAACAGUGGUGGGGUCUCACUGUUGGCCAGCCCUUGGGUGGGGCUUCACUACUGGUCAGCAAUGGGGUGAAGGCCUCACUGGUAGCUUUUGCUUGGGGUAGAGCCUUGCUGAGCUUUACACACUGCUCUCUUGCCUUGCUUUCUUGCCUCUGAUUUGCUAGUUUGCAGGAGGUCAGGGCCUUGCUGGUAGAUUGCCCCAGGCGCGGAGCCAUGGUGCGGGGCCCCUGCUGUGAGGCUGGCUUCUGCUGCUGCUGCUCCUGCUCCUGGACCUUGUAUCCUUCCCACCCUAACAGCUCUUUCCUGCCCUUCUGAAUAGCAGCUUCCCUGCUCCUAGAUCAAUUGCAUUAGGAAGCCACUGAAGUUGCCUGCAUAGUGCAGGUGGAUGGUUCAGUUUGUGCUUAAGGAAAAUAACUUAGCACUGGGGCCUAGGCUGAGCCUGGAGUGAGGGGAUCCUCGAGGCACAGAGAACAAUUUGGAGGCUGUUGUCAUAAUAAGUCCUGGAGGGGAUUUGGGAGCCAAAAAGAAAAAGAAGAAACAGAAGAGAAAAAAGGAGAAACCGAAUUCUGGAGGCACAAAAUCCGAUUCAGCAUCUGAUUCCCAGGAGAUUAAAAUUCAGCAGCCAUCCAAAAAUCCAGCUAUUCCCAUGCAAAAGCUGCAGGAUAUUCAAAGGGCUAUGGAACUUCUUUCUGCAUGUCAGGGACCCGCCAAGAACAUUGAUGAGGCUAACAAACGGAAAUAUCAGUUUUGGGAUACACAACCUGUACCCAAGCUCCAUGAAGUAAUUACAUCUCAUGGUGCAAUUGAACCAGAUAAGGACAACAUUCGUCAGGAACCAUAUUCUUUACCCCAGGGUUUCACAUGGGACACCUUAGACUUGAGUAAUGCUGAAGUACUCAAGGAGCUGUAUACAUUGUUAAAUGAAAAUUAUGUAGAAGAUGAUGACAACAUGUUCAGGUUUGAUUAUUCCCCUGAGUUCCUCUUAUGGGCUCUUCGUCCUCCAGGUUGGCUACCUCAGUGGCACUGUGGAGUUAGGGUUUCUUCAAACAAAAAACUAGUGGGUUUCAUAAGUGCCAUCCCAGCUAGCAUUCGGAUUUAUGACAGUGUGAAGAAGAUGGUAGAAAUAAAUUUUCUCUGUGUUCAUAAGAAGUUGAGAUCCAAACGGGUAGCACCAGUGCUAAUUAGAGAAAUAACUAGAAGAGUCAACUUGGAGGGGAUUUUUCAAGCUGUUUACACAGCAGGAGUAGUACUUCCUAAACCAGUGGCUACUUGCAGAUACUGGCAUCGAUCACUAAAUCCCAGAAAAUUGGUAGAAGUGAAAUUUUCUCACUUGAGUAGAAAUAUGACUUUACAGAGAACAAUGAAGCUAUACAGACUUCCUGAUGUCACAAAGACUUCGGGUUUGAGACCGAUGGAGCCGAAAGAUAUCAAAGCUGUGAAAGAAUUAAUUAACAACUAUCUGAAGCAGUUUCAUCUUGCCCCAGUGAUGAAUGAAGAGGAAGUGGCCCAUUGGUUUCUGCCUCAGGAUCAUAUUAUCGACACAUUUGUAGUAGAGUGUUCAAAUGGUACUUUAACUGACUUCCUGAGCUUCUACACACUACCUUCCACUGUUAUGCAUCACCCAGUUCAUAAAAGUCUAAAAGCUGCUUAUUCCUUCUACAAUAUUCACACUGAGACUCCACUACUGGAUUUAAUGAAUGAUGCACUCAUUAUAGCUAAAUUGAAAGGAUUUGAUGUGUUCAAUGCACUAGAUUUGAUGGAAAAUAAAACAUUCCUAGAAAAACUCAAGUUUGGUAUAGGAGAUGGUAAUUUGCAAUAUUAUUUGUACAACUGGCGGUGUCCAGGAACGGAAUCUGAAAAGGUUGGUCUUGUUUUACAGUAGGACAUUUUCAUUUCUAGAACUCUGCAGUCAUCAUUUGAGUUGAUGUUCUAUUUAACAAAUCCCGGAACCACUGUUCCAAAGAAUAAAAGCACAACUUAAGUGAAAUCGAAGUGAUCUAUAAAAUCUGAAAACAUGAAGAAAAUCCAUACCUGACCAGUUUUACUUAUUUUUGGCUAUUUUCAAACAAAAAUUCAUCCAACUUUUACAGUCCGUUGCUGGGAGGGAGUAGGGGAAGAAAGGUACAAAGAGCACAUUACUCUUAUUUUCAGAGCUUUGAUUGCCAACCUCUUGACAAAAAGAAGGUAUUUUUCCACUGUAGAAAAUGAACUGUUUUUAUACAAACUGAACUGCAGUGAUGGAUUAAUAUAAGAAAAUCUUUGCUAAUACAGAUAAACUGCUGCAUUUCUAUUUAUUAAGUGGUAAUGUUUGUCAGUGUUACAGAAUGAAGGAUUCAUUCUGAAUAUUUUUGCUUAUUCAUUUCACAUGGAUAUUAUUUGGGCAGAUUUAUGGAGGCCGAUACUUUUGUAGCUCAAGUGAGAAGUCUUGGUAAUUGUUUAAGUGUGGAGCAGUAUAAAAAUGUACUGGUUUGACUGGUGCAUUUAUUUAUCCCAAAUAAGCAAUGCUCCCAAGUCAAUAAAAACACAGAUUUGUACUUUACUCUUCAAAAUACCAGUGGACUGAAUCAGUAGCACCAAAUGGUUUGGUGCAAUCAUUACACAUGUUGUCUGAAAGAUUAUAUACUCAUUAUUCUGUUAUAGCUGCUGUUCAAUUUUAGAUUUUUCCUCAAGGCAAUGUGAGGGAAGGAUCCCAAAAUAAAAUACCCAGUGGAAUUUAUUAAUGCUAUCAGGAUGUUGAUAGUUUGAAUGUUUCCAUUGCUUAUGCAAAAUUGCACAAGUUCCUUUUUACCACUUUAUCAUGACAUCUGUCAUUCUAAUGAAAAUAUCGUAUUUGUAAAUAUUCAUAAUUUUGUUACCGAUGGUGUUUUUAUCCAGAGUUUGAAGCAAGGUUUCACUGUAUAAUAUAUAUAUGUGUAUAUAAUAUAUAUAGAGACAAUAUUCAGAACAGAAUGGGAGCUGCUAAAUGAGGCCUUGUAUUUGGUCUUGACUUCAAUGCCACAAAAAUACAUUUUUCACCUUUCUUUACAAUUAAGUGUAGUUUCUAAAGUUCAUUUCACAAUUAUUUAAAAUUAUGUGAUGGCAUUUCUCUUGAUAAAAGAGAAAUUAAAAUAACUUUCUCGCUUGGUCAAGUAUGAAGACAAGCCUGGCCAGAAAGUGUGAUUUCUAAACCUACCACUAGAGGGGCUUAUUAGACUAUUAAGACAACCACCACAAUUAACUACACUCCUGCUUGUCAUCAGAACUGGACCAAAAUUAAAAUGUAAAUCAGAAACACCAAUAGAAAUGCAAUACAAAAUAGGUAAUGUUAAUAUGAAGUUUUCUAAGUCAAGAAGAAAUAGGGAUCCUUAUGUACAGUUUAGUAGCCAACAAGGUAUUCCAAAAUUUUUAGUGCCAUUUCAAACUUUUAAAAAUUAUUACACAGGGUGUCCUAAAAUCUAGUGUAGUUUAAAACUUAAUUCUGUUCUAAGACAUUUUGGGAGAGUCUAUAUUAUUGGAAUUCGCUUUCUCUGAAACACUACCCCCAAGGGAUCUCUUUUAAUAUAAUUAACAGUAUAUCCUUUUCAGAACUUCGAGGAAUGUGUGUUCUCUUAAUUCAUACUGGAGGGAAGCCUUCAAAAAAAACAGAAACAAUCAACCAAGCAAAAAAAAAAUAUUUUGGACAACCACUUUGACUAACUUUAAUUUUCUUUUUUAAUUUAGGGAAAGGAUUUUAGUAGGAAUGUUAAUAUAGGCUAGGAAAAAAAAGUUAUUUUUGAGGACUUUCUGACAUCCUGAAAUUUUGGCAUUAACUUAAAACUUUUCCCACUUGUAUUGACUCAGUUAACAGUAGUUUGGCCCUCUUUUAAAUUUAGCCAGAUGCUAUUUCAAAGUAAAGUAUAAUCAGAUUCCUUCUACCCUUUUCAAUAGGACAUUCAUAUCUAUUCCCAUCCCUGUGUAGUUUAAAUAUGUUGCCAAUAUACAAAUUGUGAAACUAUCCAUGUUGGAAAAAAAAUUGGAAAAUCAUGGAACUUUAGACCUACAGUCAGCAUCUAAGCAACUCCUUCAAAUAACAGAGACUAAAAGUUAAGACAGAUCUAUUAUAGUCACUUAAUUCCUCAAUGAAAGCCAAAACCCCAAAGUACUGAGUUAUUAGCAUCUAUUUUAUAAAUUUAAGGAAUUAUCACACUAUUCUAAAAAGGAUAAUAAUUCCAAAAUGUUCUGCUCUAUUAAAACCAAAAAUUAUUUUCAGCUGAAAAGCACCUUUAGGUGUAGUAUUAAUAAACUCUCCCAAUUAUAAGUAAGAAGAGUAAAAUGUACAAAUAGAAUAUCAAAAUUUCAAACUACUUACAUUUUGGUUGUAAAAAAUAAUUUAUGCAUCCCCUUUCUGCAUUCAUCUCUGUAUUUAGUUUUGUGGUUUUUUUACUUUUUAUUUAAUCUACAAUUGUAGAAUAUUAGUUUGUCAACCACCAUUAGCUUCACUUCACUAUCUUUGUACUUGUCAUUUCUUUGACAUAUUCCACACUCAUAAUUUAUUCAGCCAUCAUUUAUUCAAAUGUCAUUGGACUUUUCAACUUUACACUAUUGAAAAUAAAUCAACUAUAAGAAAAUAAAGAA